AUGGAGACCCGCAGACAGACGACUGAAGACCGACCGAUGGGUAAGCAAGCAGCCAGACUGCACACAGAACAGCAGACACUGACGACAACACCCCUCCAGUUCAACCUCGAGCUGCCCGAGCCAGACUACUUCAGGGACGAGCUCAGGACAUGGAAGACCAGCCCCCAGAACACCGCCAUCCUCGUCUUCGAAACCAUCCUCGACACCAGCGCACUCCCGCCCACCGCAGCCCUCACCCUCGCCCACCAGCCCAUCCCCAACCAGCAGCAACAGCACAUCCUCCUCGAGCGAUGGCAAAUCGCCCUCGCCGGAAACCCACAGACAGCCCUCGAGCCCCCCACCGUCUACCGCCACGCGAUCAUCCACUUCCGCGCACUCUUCGCCUAUCUCCACACCAUGCCCGCCGCAGCCCUCGCACACGCCCUCCGCAAGCCAUCCGAUCACCGCCUGCUCACCAUCGGCCUGCGCAUCAGCACCGCCGACCCUGCAGCACCUCCCAGCCACAACACCGCCUUCCACGACCUCCCCCCAGCCGCCCGAACCACCCGCCACUUCCCCCCCAUCCGCACCCCAAGAGGACCCAUCCACACAACCGUCACCUUCCGCAACCACACCCACUUCGCCAUCGCCGACAAGGAAUCCCUGCUCAGCUCCCGCUUCCGCCUCGAGGACCUGCGCGGCCUGCCCCCGCCCCCCGCCGACUCGCCCAUCGCCGCUUUCCCACCCGUUGGCCUGUCUGUACCCACCACCAACAAGGCUCAUCCUCCCAACUACUGCUCCCCACCCACAUCCUACGCCUCGCUCUCCUCCCGCCACCACCCGCAUCCUAAGCCGCUCCCCUCACCCGACCAGCUCUUCACCCCCGUCGAGCCCUCCAAGCCCCACCCCGCCGACCCACUCACCGCCGAGAUCCUGGCGGCCACCCAGUCCUCCCCAUUCGCGCCCCCGCCCCGCUCCUCGCCCACCCCUGCCAACCUGGCCGCCCACCGCCAGUCGCUGCCCCCCGUCCUCUCCAACGCCCUGCCCUCCUCGCCGCUCAACCGCAGCCACUCGAGUGCCGGCGCGGGCCCGGGCAGGAUGGCCGGGAGCCACGCGGGCGCCAGUCCGCGCCAGCUCUCCGUGCUCUCCAGCAGCCCGCUCUCCGGGCCCUCGUCCUCCAUCCGCAUCUCUGCCGGCCGGCCGCACGCCUCCCCGGGGGUCGGCGGAGGGCUGCACCCGACGGCCUCGCCGACCACGACGGCUUAUCCGCCGGCCGGCCCGACGAGCCCCGGGCCCGGCCAGCCCAUGGUCCGCCGAUACUCCUCCUCCCGCCACUCGCGCUCCCUCGGCCAGGCCUCCUCGUCGCCCGCCGCCAGUCUCCAGACGGCGGACUCCGCGGGCUCGCUGGCCCGCCGCACGGCCCUCGGCGCCGCCGACGAGCCCUUCGCCCCCGUCCCCGCUCCGCCCCGCCCGCCCGCGCCAGACCAGCGCGCUUCCAACGACAUCGCCCAGUUCCUCCAGCUCAUCGCCUCCUCCUCCUUCCAGCCCCCGCCCCUCGCCUCGGGUCCAGCAACAGGCCCCCCGCGCCGCCUCAGCCGCCCCAAGGACGCGCCCCGCACAGACGACUCCAUCGACCCCGCGCCCACCAUCGCCGAAGAAGAGGAGGAAGACGCGGACGGGCUCAGUCUGUUGAUGAAAGAGAAGCUCGACCUGGCCCUCAAGAAGCUCGCCGGCUCCGUCCGCCAGGCCCCCCUGCCCCCGCUCACCCUCCCGCCGCCGUCGUCGUCGUCGUCGGCCGGCCCCCCGGCCCACCCCGCUUCGGCGGGCGCGUUCGCCGCGGAAGCGCGCCGCGCUGGCCUGGCCGGCCCCGAGCUGCUGCCCCUGUCUUACCAUCCCCGCCUCCCCGGCCCGGGCCUCUCGCUCGCCCGGCGGCCCCUGCACCUGUUCAGCCCAUAG